UUGUAUUCUGUUUUGUCUUUUUGGCCCAGGGCCCACCUCAAACAUUGCAUGAUAAAAAGUUUUGGCACCCCUGCUCUAGACAUUCCUUUUUGGCAGAUGUAGAGAGGGCUGGCAAAAGCAGGUCAGCAGAGUCUAAGUCCUUCCUCUGGAUGAUGUCACUGCCCUGCAGGACUCCACCCCUCUACCUGAGCCGGAGUAUAAAGGGGUUCUUGUUUCUGCAGAGGAACCACAUCACUGACUCUGAGACACUGGCUGGAUCUCACAUCACUGCAGAAACUCAACCAGCUGUAGAAAGAAGGAACCCAACAUCGACCAUGUCUGCUGGUCUGGAGCUCAUAGGCAUCGUGCUGUGCGUCCUGGGGUGGCUCCUGGCCAUCGUCUCCUGCGCCCUGCCCAUGUGGCGGGUCACCGCCUUCAUUGGCUCCAACAUCGUGACGGCCCAGAUCAUCUGGGACGGCCUGUGGAUGAGCUGCGUGGUCCAGAGCACGGGGCAGAUGCAGUGCAAGGUUUACGACUCCAUGCUGGCCCUCUCACAGGACCUCCAAGCAGCCAGAGCUCUGACCGUCAUCUCCAUCCUGCUGACUGUCCUGGCUGUGCUGGUGUCCAUCGCCGGCGCCAAGUGCACCAACUGCAUCGAGGACGAGUCCUCCAAGGCCAAAGUCAUGAUCUUCGCUGGGGUGCUGUUCAUCGUGGCUGGGCUCAUGCAGCUGAUUCCAGUAUGCUGGUCAGCCAACAGCAUCAUCAGGGACUUCUACAACCCGCUGCUGACCGAUGCGCAGCGGAGGGAGCUGGGGGCCGCGCUCUACAUCGGCUGGGCCGCCGCCGCCCUCCUCUUAAUGGGCGGCUCCUUGCUCUGCUGCUCCUGCCCGCCACAGGAGAAGAAAUACAACCCCUCCAGGAUGGCUUACUCUGCCCCUCGCUCCACAGCUGGCGGUGGGUACGACAGGAGAGACUACGUAUGAAGUGAAAAUGAGGAACUGUAAAACUGUCCACACCUCUGUUUGGUGUCAUUUCUUUGACAAGGGUAUGUAAUACGAGUGCCCUCUCAGACUCCGUUAUGAAGGAGAACGUUUGUCAUUUGUCGGCCUAUGAAAAGAUGGAUUUGGUUGGCUUUUUAAUGCACUGAGGGAGAAAAAAAAGUCCGCCUGAAGGUCAAAUGAGUGUAUUUUCUAAUGCAGUAAUGGAAAGCCUUCCAGCCCAAUAGACAUUCUUACUUUUUUAUGUUUUAAGAAGGGUGUAAAGGUAAAUUCUACUUAUUUUUCCCCUUAUAGAAAAGUCACAUGAAUUUUGCAUGUAAAUAAAACACACUUAACAUGUUAAAAAACGUUAUCUCAUGUGAAAAACCAAAUGAUUGCAUGAAAAAGUAUCAUGUGAUUAAAUCGUGUUCACAUGUGACAAAACUCUUCUAGAUGUGAUUUUUCACAAUUUGAAUGUGACUUUUUUGUAAGGAUCUGCAUAAUUCAAUGUUUGAGAUGUAAACAGGGUCUGGUGUGAAACAGUCGAUUGCAGAGACUCUUUGUAGAGACUUUUCAUUACAGUGGUGGUGAUAGGAACCAGGCAUCAUAACUUCAACACAAAUACAACCCCAUGAAUGGAUUUAUGCAUUCUAAAAACUAUCGUAAAACAGUGUCUCAGUCAUCAGGCAGUGUAUAUAUAUCCAUUUCAUGUAUUAACUUCCUGCAAGGGAGCUUUUAGAGGUGGACGUCUGGUUCCUAUCACCACCACUGUGAACAAUUCUGACUCUGUAAGUUUCUCUAGAACAGAGCGUUUCACACCAAACCACUCUGAAUGACUCUGUUUACAUCUUAACCUUUAAAUUAAGGUCCCUUUUUUCAAAGUAUUUCUCAGUCUUUUUUUUAUCGUUGCUUUUAACGUUGCGUGGUUGACUGUGUUGAGCACAUGAGAUGAAAAAGAUUACUCGUGAGAGAAAGACAAAAACAGUUACCCGAGCCGGUGGACAUUAUAGUCUGCCUUACACAAGGGGCCUUGUGGCAGAGCGGAGUGGGAAGGAAGCCAGGAGACACAAUGUGAGCACCUCAUUGUGGGCAGUGAGGCGGAGAGGAGCGCUGGUGUCGAGCUGGUGGAACAUGCUGGUGCUUUUCUGUUCUUUCAAGAAAGCGAGUGGUUUGAAUUCUGCGUUUGCUUACGUUGGAACACAUGUAUCAAGUUUAACAAUGUAAUAAACUCUGAUUUUGUUUUUUUGAA